AUGUGGUUGUGCUUCCUCCAAGGUGUCCUUGCUCUCGCAUACUCUAUACAAACCACCAAUCUUCCACAUUCUACCUCUUAUCACCCUGAUUAUCGUCAUGAAUCACGUUUUGUACGAUGCUCGAGAGAAGGAGACGAUAAUUUGCGGACGAUUUGUAGUGUGAUCGCUGAGGACAUUACUACAAAGCCGGGAGAACGUUGCUGGAACGACUUUGAACCAGAAUUGAAGAGCAUUCGUUAUAUGUGUCCUACCCUAUGUCAAUCCGCGGAUGAGUACGAAAUCAUUCACAAGGUCCCGUCAAACAACCAUGUCUGCAUCAAGUUCGAAAACUAUGGACUCGUCAAGCGAAAGAAGGACAUCUAUCUAUGGCGCAGAGGCGAAUGCAUCAACGAGACCAUCGCGUUCAACAUCAACUGCGGUUUUCCCCUGAGUCGUCGGAAUUUAAAAAAGGCACAAAAUGACCCAUCAAACUUUCUCACAAAGCUAUUAGCUCGUCAAUAG